ACAACUUUCACAUCACAUCAACUAGAGCAAAUGGAGAGGACAUUCCGAAAAGCGCCAUAUCCAGAUGUUAUCACAAGAGAAGAUCUUGCUCGUAAACUUUCCUUGGAUGAAGCAAGAGUCCAGGUUUGGUUCCAGAACAGACGUGCGAAAUGGCGAAAAGGAAUCAAUCCAAAUCAUUAUAUAACAGGCCAAGAUGAGAAGAAAACUGAUUUGCAAAUGCCAAAUGAGCAACGGUGUCAAUCUCCAGUCAGUUCCAUCUCCAACGGUAGUCCACCAGUAUGGAACGAACCUUCACAUCUGUCUUCAAUGAAACACGUCCCGUGCAACGACUCUUUACAAUCACACAGAACUGGAUCACACUUCACAAGCUACAUAGAGCGACCCACUUAUCUACCCCCAGCCAACUACUCCACACCCUGGGUAUCAACAGAUUACCCUUACAGUGACUAUGUGAAAUCUCUAUCAACAGAUUAUAUGUCAAAACGGAACCAUCUACAGAUAAUGCCGUCUUGGUUAAAGCUGUACGCCGGUGGUUCCUUAUAAAUAUCUAGUAUUCUCCUUCAACACUACACUUGCAGCUUUAUAAAAAUGGAGAAAUGAGAUUCGGUGGCAUUUAUACCUAUCUUCAAAGUAUUACAGUCCUAAAUGGACCCAAGGCGAGAAUAGUGCCUUCUCGUAACUUCCUUCAUCCUCCACGGGGCUCCUUUUUAAUAUUAAUGAUUUCGUCAGACAUUGACAAAAUGCCACACAUUUAAGGGAUGCAAGAUGCUGCACCAGAUAUAAUAAUAUACUCCAAUAUUUUACGACUACUUAUUUUAUCGGCCCCGAAUGAAUGAAAAGCAAAUUCAACCUUGACUGGAUUUGAACACAGAACGUAAAGGAUUGUAACUAAACACCUAAAUGCAUUUUUUCCGAUUCUGACAAUCACCAUCUUUACUUCAAAUAUAAUGACGGUGGCAAUGCGAGAACAAAGAUAAACAGUAAGAAAAUGGUUUGCCAAAUCUAAGAAUGAAUAUCGUUUUCAUUCUCCGGCUGAAAACGCUCCAUCACUUACUUCAUUUGAUUUUAAGUACGUUAUCCACGUCUCCCUCAACACCACCAAAAGCCACAAAUAUCAAAAAUUCCUUCCAGUUCUUUCCGUUAUAAAUUUGAACUUCCAGAACUAUGUAUCUAACAGACCCCACCAAAGAGACAAAAUUUAUUUUUGGCAGCUGUCAUGUUUUUGGUGGCAAUUAUUUUAUAAGUGGAAAUGUUUCAUAAAAGACAAAGGACCGUGAAAAGUUUAUCGUUAACUAAAUAUUUAUAGGUAAUGCACAAAAUACUAUAAUAAUGGCUUCGAACAUGUACAAGGCUACACAAGUUUUAAGAGAAGAAGAAAACAGUCGACUGAAUCGAACGGGGUAUAUUUAUUACUAAUACUUUUUGUUAAUGAACUUCAAGAAGGGUAAAAAGCAGAAUCCACCUCGGCGGGAUGGGUAUUCAUAUUAGUUAAUAAUAAUUUUUUAAGAAAAAACAGUUUGAACUCAAUCCAUUAUUCUGUCCUCUGUACAAUAAGGGAGCAUCCAUGUGAUUACUCAGCCUUUUAAAGAUAGCAUUCAAAUUCUUCCUCAGAUCAAACCCUACUGCUCUAAACAAUAAAGAAUACACUGCAUACCCUAAUCCUAGAUAUCUCUUGUCCCCCCACUCGCUGAGAAAAAAGAUUGCAUGCUUUAAUCAUAGGUUUACUCAAUGAAGGGGCUCAAAACCAAACAGACGAACUGCAAAGUCGGCGUCAGCGAGAAUUGAACCUAAAACUUAAAAGGAAAGUAUCUGAAUACUACCAAACAGUUCGCUCCGACGCUCUACCGAUCGUACCAAUGAAACAACAAAUCGAAUAAACUGUUAAAAAUCAUUAAGAAACAUUGAUAUUAAAAAUAACAAUGGAAUAUAGUAUAAAACAACAAUAUCUGAGAAUAAUAUCCAGUCAUUUAUAAUUCUCUUAAUUAUUCUUUGUUCCAUAUUUGUUGUAAUAUUGUUGUAAUUUAAUUAAUUAUUAGUGUUUGUCA